AAUGGCGUUUGCAUCUAUAUGUCUGGCUGUCGCAGCCACGCUGAGCAUUCAGCCUGACAGACGUCAGUUCUUCCGCUACGAGGCCUUCAACCUGAGCUGUGCAGUCUCAGGGAACUUCAGUGGCUGGACGGUGAUGAGAAAUGCUUCUGAGGAGUUUUCGCCGUGUGAAAAUUGGGGCCGCCCGAACCGAUCCUCCUGCAUCAAUCGCAGUGUCUACAAGUCGGACAACGGGCGUUACUGGUGCCAGUCUGAGCAAGGAGAGUGCAGCAACACCCUGGACAUCAGGAUACACACUGGUGUUGUGAUCUUGGAGAGUCCAGCACUGCCUGUGAUGGAGGGAGACAACGUGAUGCUUCGCUGCUCCUACAAAGAGAGAUAUGACCCAAAUGCUUCAUCAGAUUUCCCAGCUGUCUUCUACCAAAAUGAUACAUUUUUUGGAAAGAGGUCUGAAGGAAAGAUGAUCCUUCAGAAAGUGUCAAUGUCCAGCAAAGGAUUCUACAAGUGCCAACACCCCACCAAAGGAGAGUCACUGCCGAGCUGGCUGGAAGUUAAAGAGAAACCUAAACCUAUAAGCAACAACCCGCUCCCUCUGAUGACAACAAGCAGUCUGGUGUGCACCAUCGUCCUGUUCAUCAUCUACACCAUCAUUUUCAUCUUGUGCGCAAUGAUCUACAGAAGGUGGGCUCGAGCUCGAGCUGAGGCUAAAAGGAGAGAUUCAGGACUUCUCAAACCAUACAACUGACGGGUCUGCAACUCAACAGUAUGAGUGAAAUAUUGUCAUUAUUUCAGAAGUGAAUACAUGUGCUUUAUAUUCUCUCUGUAUAUCAUAUUAUUCACACCCUUGUAAGGAAAGUUAUUUUAAUUCAACCAUUCAGUUUGUUUGUCAUGGAAAUGACUCCAAGUAUUUUUGGUCUUUGUUAAGUUUCUGUUUGAUUUUGUUUCUCUGGCUCCUUUUUGUUAAGGAUUUUAUUCACUUCCUCCUUUCUUUGUCAUGCCUGUUUCCGGGUGUAGCUGUCUGUGUUUGGGUGGGUUGGGUAUUUUAUGUGUUUGUUCAUCCAGUGACACUGUCCCCUGAAGAUUGUAUCUGUGUUGCGUGGGCUGACUGGUCUAAGCUGAAGUAUGACGAUGAGACCAUUUUUUAUUUUCCGUUUGGUUUGUUGUUUCCUUUUUAAAAGCAUUUGCUGUAUAAAUGUUAAAGCAUUCGUGUUUUUGGUGAGAUUUACACGAUGAUGGAUUUCAAAUUGUUUAGCAAAUAAAAAUCUGUGUAAAUCUGGAAA